AACUCCCUUUUGACAUGUGUACAAAUUACAUCGCCAUCUUUCAAGGCACAAAAUAAAUAAUUUUAAAAACCAUACGCCAAGUGUUUCUAUCUAGACGCCACCACUGCAACAUUUGGUCUUUCGAGCCGGAUUAUUCAUCCACAUCCAUCAAAUCAGCAUUCCAACGGCCGUCGAGAUAAGUAUCCCAUACUUCCGUAAAAUAGUACAUUAAUAUCUCACUGGCACUUCUGAUCCGCCAUAUUCCCUUGUAUAUACAUAGUUGCAAUUUGGAAUUCAGUUUGUUCGCGAAUAUUCGAAGCAGUCCAAAAUGAGUACUUUACCGCGAGUAUUCUUCGAUAUGACCGCCGAUGGCGAGCCCGUCGGUAGGAUAGUAAUGGAGCUGCGCUCUGACAUCGUGCCGAAGACAGCGGAGAAUUUCCGUGCUCUGUGCACCGGCAAGAAGGGCUUUGGCUACAAGGGCUCUAGUUUCCAUCGCGUCAUUCCAAACUUCAUGUGCCAGGGCGGCGAUUUCACCAACCACAAUGGCACUGGCGGCAAGUUCAUCUAUGGCAACAAGUUCCCCGAUGAGAACUUCCGCCUGAAGCACACCGGCUCCGGCAUCCUGUCGAUGGCAAACGCUUUUUUUUUCUGUUCGUAUGUUACCAGAGAACACACAUUAAAGAUCUCCGCUUCUUCCCAUCUCAUACAUGAUCAGCUGACCAGCAGCUGCAUGGCGAGGGGAAGAUAGUACGGAGAUAUUUUUUUAUUCAAACAAUACUUUACAAUAGCGUUUCUUAAGAAUAUGAGUAGCGCCUAUAAGAUAUACAGAAGGUCAAUAUUUACCAAAACUUUUCAUAAAUGAACAUAUUUAAAUGGCCAUAAGUGCACAAAAAUAACACUGCAGCUUAAUGUUACAAAAUACAGAUAAAAAGAGCAAUUUAAAGAUAAUAGAAAAUGACAAUAAAGUGCUUGAGUAGCUGAUAAUAGACUAAUUUGAUAACUAAGAUAUAAGUUUUACAAUAGUAAUAGAUAACAUUAAUUAAUAAAAUUCAAUUUUCUUUUUCCAUUAAUAAGCAUCUGCAAGAUGCACUGAGAAAUUA